AUGCCAAGCAAUACCACUGAAUGCUUCAACCAGCCGGACUUGAAGGACGAACGUUUUGUGAAGGAGUACGAGUCCGCUGCGGCACUCCAGGACAGCGGUUAUGAAGAGGUGCGUCGCGAUAAAUCGUCGUGGGCUGGCUCCCUUCCCGCUCCCCAAGGCCUGUACGACCCCGAAUAUGAAAAAGACGCGUGUGGCGUCGGUUUUAUGUGCCACAUCAAAGGGAAGACCGACCACAAGAUCGUGUCUGACGCGCGCUUCCUGCUCUGCCACAUGACCCAUCGUGGUGCCACUGGCGCCGACGCGCGCGAUGGCGACGGUGCUGGCGUAAUGACCGGCAUGCCGGACGCAUUUUUGCGGCGCGAGGUGCGCAGCGACCUCGAUUUUGUUCUCCCCCCUCUCGGCCAAUACGCCUGUGGAAACGUGUUUCUCUCCAAAGACGCGGAAGCACGUGCGGAGCACCUCGCUUCGUUUGAGGCCAUUGCCCAGCAACACAAGCUGCGUGUGCUUGGCUGGCGUGUUGUGCCUGUAGACAGCAGCAUUUUGGGUCCUGCGUCUGGCAGCCGGGAGCCGUUGAUCAUGCAGCCCUUUGUCGUUUCCGGCGAGCAUUACGGUUGGAACUCGCGCCAGUGCGAGCGUAACGGCGCUUUUGACGAAGACGCGUUUGGUCGCCAGCUCUAUGUGCUGCGCAAGCAUGCGACGCACUCGAUCGGUCUUGCCAACUGGUUUUAUAUCUGUUCCCUGUCCCCGUCCAACAUUGUAUACAAAGGCCAGUUGAGCCCUGUACAAGUGUACAAUUACUUUUACGACCUGAACAAUUCGCAUUACAGCGCCCACUUUGCCCUUGUCCACUCGCGCUUCUCCACGAAUACCUUCCCUUCGUGGGACCGUGCACAGCCCUUGCGCUGGGCCGCUCACAAUGGUGAGAUCAACACGAUCCGCGGCAACAAGAAUUGGAUGCGCGCGCGCGAAGGCAACUUGAAAUCCAACACCUUUGGUGACGACUUGCGCCACCUCUUCCCGAUCAUUGAAGAGGGCGGUUCCGACUCUGCGGCGUUUGAUAAUGUGCUGGAGCUGCUGAUGGUGAACAAGGUACUGACUUUGCCACAGGCGGUGAUGCUGAUGGUGCCCGAAGCUUGGCAAGGCAACGAGAAGAACAUGGACCCUGCCAAGCUCGCGUUUUAUCAGUGGGCUGGGAGCCUUAUGGAGCCCUGGGACGGCCCUGCGCUCUUUACCUUUUGCGACGGCCGCUACUGCGGUGCCAACCUCGACCGCAACGGUCUGCGUCCUUGCCGCUGGAUCACCACCAGUGACGAUAUUAUGAUCUGUGCAUCGGAAGUGGGCACCCUGUCUAUCCCCCCCGAGACUAUCACCGCCAAAGGCCGCCUCCGCCCCGGCCGUAUGCUCCUUGUCGAUACCCAAGAAGGCCGCAUUGUUGACGACCGCGAGCUCAAGGCUACCACCUCACACAUUGCCGACUUUGCCGCGUGGAUCGAGCACAAUCUGCUGAGCUUGCCGCAGAUCACCAAGCACGUCAAGGAGCUCGUGCCCAUCACGCCGCAACUGGAUGACGAGCGGCUCAGUACAGACCCCAAGCUGUGUGCGUUUGGCUACUCGGUGGACCAGAUCAACAUGUUGAUGCUUCCCAUGGUCUCUGACGCUAAAGAAGCGCUUGGCUCCAUGGGCAACGACGGGCCCCUUGCGUGCAUUUCCGAAAACACGCGCCCCGUGUACGACUACUUCCGCGAGCUCUUUGCGCAAGUCACGAAUCCCCCCAUUGACCCUAUCCGCGAAGCGGUGGUCAUGUCGCUGGAAGACUAUAUCGGCCCCGAGGGCAACCUCCUCGAGCUGGACCAAAAGCAGUGCAACCGCAUCCACCUGCCGAGCCCCGUGCUGAGUCUUGAGGAUGUCGAGGCACUGAAGAACAUGCACCAAGUUCAGCGUGGCUGGAACGCCGUGACGAUCGACAUUACCUAUCCUUACAGCCAAGGUGCGCAAGGGUAUGAGAAAACGCUCGAUCGCAUCUCGACUGAGGUGUCAGAAGCCAUCGAGCAAGGAAUCAAGAUUGUUGUCCUGUCUGACCGUGCCGUCGGCCCUGACCGCGUCCCGAUCAGCUCGCUGGUCGCCUGCGGCUGCGUCCACCACCACUUGAUCCGCAACAAGAGGCGCGGACGCAUCGCUCUUGUCGUCGAGACGGGCGAAGCGCGCGAAGUACACCACGUUUGCGUCCUGCUCGGCUACGGCGCCGAUGCCAUUUGCCCGUGGCUCGCGCAGGAAGCGGUGAUGAAGGUCGGGCGCGAAGGCCUCUGCAAGAAAGACCUCACUGCCGAGGAGCUCACAACCAACUGGCGCCACGCUGUCGAUGGCGGAAUCCUCAAGGUCAUGUCCAAGAUGGGCAUCUCUACCCUCCAGUCGUACAAAGGCGCGCAGAUCUUUGAGGCGCUUGGCCUCGACAGCGCCGUGAUUGACCGCUGCUUUGCUGGCACCGCUUCGCGGAUUCAAGGCAGCACCUUUACCACACUCGCCGACGAUGCCCUCGAGCUCCACGAGCGAGCGUACCCCAAGCGUGCCACGCUCAAGUUUGAAGGACUCCCCGAAAGCGGCGAGUUUCACUGGCGCGACGGUGGCGAAGCGCACGUCAACGACCCCAACUGCAUCGCCACGCUGCAGGAAGCGACGCGCCAAAAGAACCAAAACGCAUGGGACGCGUACUCCAAAGCCUCCCACGACGUGAUCAAGAAGACGACACUGCGUGGCCUUUUUGACUUUGCGUACGACAAGACGCGCGCGAUUCCCAUCGACCAGGUCGAGCCCUGGACUGAAAUUGCGCAGCGCUUUUGCACCGGUGCCAUGUCGUACGGCUCCAUCAGCAUGGAGGCGCACUCGGCGCUUGCCAUUGCCAUGAACCGCCUCGGGGGCAAGUCGAACACGGGCGAAGGUGGCGAAGACCCCGAGCGCUCUAUUCCACUCCCCAAUGGCGACUCGCUGCGCUCCAAGAUCAAGCAGAUUGCCUCGGGACGCUUUGGCGUCACGUCCUACUACCUCUCCGACUCGGACGAGCUCCAGAUCAAGCUGGCCCAAGGCGCCAAGCCCGGCGAGGGCGGCGAGCUUCCUGGCCACAAGGUGUCGGAGUCGAUUGCACGCACGCGUCACAGCACUGCGGGUGUCGGCCUCAUUAGUCCCCCGCCCCACCACGACAUCUACUCGAUUGAAGACCUUAAGCAGCUGAUUUACGACCUCAAGUGCUCCAAUCCGCGCUCCCGCGUCAGUGUCAAGCUCGUGUCUGAAGUGGGCGUCGGGGUGAUUGCCGCAGGCGUCGCCAAAGCAAAGGCGGACCACAUUUUGAUUGCGGGCCACGACGGCGGCACCGGCGCGUCGCGCUGGACCGGCAUCAAGCACGCCGGCCUGCCCUGGGAACUGGGUCUUGCCGAGACCCACCAAACGCUUGUGUUGAACGACUUGCGCGGCCGGGUCACUGUGCAAACCGACGGCCAGCUGCGCACUGGACGCGACAUUGCCGUGGCAUGUCUUCUCGGCGCGGAAGAGUGGGGCUUUUCCACCGCGCCGCUCAUUGCCAUGGGCUGCAUUAUGAUGCGCAAGUGCCAUUUGAAUACCUGUCCUGUCGGCAUUGCCACGCAGGACCCCGUCUUGCGCGAAAAGUUUGCCGGGCAGCCCGAGCACGUCAUCAACUUCUUCUACUACCUCGCCGAAGAGAUGCGUGCGAUUAUGGCCAAGCUCGGUAUGCGUACCGUCAACGAGAUGGUAGGCCGCUCGGACCUGCUGUAUGUAGACGACAAGCUGCGCACGCCCAAGACGUCCAACAUUGACUUGAGUGCGGUGCUCAAGCCAGCGCAUGAGAUGCGCCCCGGCGCUGCCACGUACAAGGUGCGCCAGCAAGACCACCGCCUCUACAUCCGCCUCGACAACAAGUUUAUCGACGAGGCCGAGCCAGCGCUUCACGACGGCCUCCCUGUCUCGAUCGAGUGCAACGUGGUGAACACGGACCGUGCGCUGGGCACCACACUGUCGUACAAAGUAUCGAAGCUCUUUGGCGAAGAAGGCCUUCCGCGCGAUACCAUCCACAUCAAUGCCAAAGGCAGCGCGGGGCAGUCGUGCGGUGCGUUCCUCGCGCCGGGCAUUACACUCGAGCUCGAAGGCGACGCGAACGACUAUGUUGGCAAAGGGCUCAGCGGCGGGCGCAUCAUUGUUUAUCCCCCCAAGGUGUCGCCUUUCAAGGCAGAGGAAAAUGUGAUUGUGGGCAAUACGUGCUUGUACGGCGCGACGCGCGGCCACGCCUACUUUUCCGGCAUUGCCGCCGAGCGCUUUUGCGUGCGCAACUCUGGGGCCUACGCCGUUGUCGAAGGCCUGGGCGACCAUGGCUGUGAGUACAUGACGGGCGGCCGUGUGGUGGUGUUGGGCAGUACGGGCCGCAACUUUGCCGCGGGCAUGAGCGGCGGCAUUGCCUACGUGCUCGACAUGAACCGCGACUUUGCGAGUAAGUGCAACAUGGAGAUGGUCGAGCUGAGCGGUGUCCGCGAUCCCCACGAAAUUGCCGAGCUGCGCAACAUGCUCGAGGACCAUCGCCACUACACAAACUCGGCGGUGGCCGACCGCGUGCUGAACGAGUUCCACCACCUUUUGCCACGCUUUGUGCGUGUGAUGCCGACAGACUACAAGCAUGUGCUCGAGCAGCAGGCCGCCAAGGCCGCAGAGGAGAAGAAGUCGCGCAGCCACGUCGACUUGCUCGGCACGCUCUCGCGCCGCGGCAGCCAAGUCGACAUCAGCACCUCCGAAGACGGCACACAGCACGCCAAGGAUGCUGCAGACCACGCCCGCGCCCACGAGCCUUUGGUCACGGACAUGGAGGACGCAAUGAUGGACGAGGACCUCGCCAAGGCGCGCACGGGCAAGCUCGACAAGAUGCGUGGCUUUAUGAAGUACAAGCGCCGCACCGAGUCGUACCGCAACACGGGCGCGCGCGUAAAAGACUUCAAGGAACUCUCCAAGCGGCUCACCGAGCCCGAGCUCAAGGUCCAAACCGCGCGCUGCAUGGACUGCGGCGUGCCGUUUUGCCAGUCGGACAAUGGGUGCCCCAUUUCCAACAUUAUUCCCAAGUGGAACGACCUCGUCUUUAAAGGCAUGUGGCGCGACGCACUCAACCGCCUCUUGAUGACCAACAACUUUCCCGAAUUUACCGGGCGCGUGUGCCCAGCGCCGUGCGAAGGCGCUUGUGUCCUCGGCAUCAUUGAGAACCCCGUGGGAAUCAAAUCCAUCGAGUGCGCCAUCAUUGACAAGGCGUGGGAAGAGGGCUGGAUGGUUCCGCGCGUGCCCGAGCGCCGCACCGGCAAGACGGUGGCCGUGAUUGGCUCUGGUCCGGCGGGACUUGCGUGCGCCGAUCAGCUCAACCGUGCGGGUCAUGCAGUGACGGUGUACGAGCGUGCGGACCGCGCCGGCGGCUUGCUCAUGUACGGCAUCCCCAACAUGAAGCUCGACAAGCACGUUGUCGACCGCCGCCUCGGCCUCAUGGCGGCCGAAGGCGUCCAGUUUAUCACCUCCACCGAAGUCGGCCGCGACGUGGACGCUGCGGAUUUGCACGCACAAAACGACGCGGUUGUGUUUGCCACGGGUGCAACCUGGCCGCGCAACCUCAAUAUUCCCGGGCGCGACGGCGACGGCGUGCACUUUGCCAUGGAGUACCUCACCUCCAACACCCAGAGCCUGCUCGCCCACCAGCUUGCCGAGGGCACGUUUCUGAACGCAAAAGGCAAGCAUGUGAUUGUCAUUGGCGGCGGCGACACGGGCAAUGACUGCAUCGGCACGGCUGUGCGCCACGGCGCUGCUUCUGUGACCAACUUUGAGCUGCUUCCCCAGCCCCCCGACCAGCGCGCGCCGAACAACCCCUGGCCACAGUGGCCGCGUGUUUUCCGCACCGACUAUGGCCAUGCAGAGGUCGCGGCUCGCUGGGGCGAGGACCCGCGCGAGUACUGCAUUUCUACCACCGACUUUGAGCGCGACGAGAGUGGCAAGUUGGUCGCGCUGAACACGAUCCGUGUUGCCUGGGAGCUCGACGCGAGUGGCAAGUGGCAGAUGAGCAAGGUGCCGGGCUCGGAGCGGCGCUUCCCUUGCGACCUGUGCUUCCUUGCGCUUGGAUUCCUUGGGCCGGAGAAUGCCGCAAUUACCUCGCUCGGCCUCGACCAGGAUGCGCGCAGCAACAUUCUUGCAGAUAACCAACAAGGGCGCCAUCCGUACCGCACCAAUGUCGAGCGUGUCUACACAGCGGGCGACUGCCGUCGCGGCCAGUCGCUGAUUGUAUGGGGUAUUCAAGAGGGACGUGCGUGUGCUGCUCAAAUCGACACGGACUUUAUGGGCAACUCAUACCUUCCAUGGGCGGGCAGCAUUCCGCGCCGCAUCUACCCCAUUGAGGACCAUGCCGCGCCGCCCAUUGGCGCCGAAGCAUAG